AUGUCUGAUCGAGGCGGACGCGGUGGAGCCUAUCGUGGUGGAGGUGGCGGACGCGGUCGAGGAGACUUUCAAGGAAGCUUCCGUGGAAGUAGAGGAGGUUCGGAUCGUGGUGGCAGAGGAGGGUUCCGAGGUGGCCGUGGAGGAGCACCGCCGAACGAGUCGAGAUCUAAGGUUUUCAGUAUCGAUGGGCGAAUUCCCAGUCCCGACCAAACAGUCACGGAGCUCGAAAAUCGCAUCAUUAGUCAGCAUGAAUCGGCUGUCAAGGGACUCACCACCAAAAUGGGUGCCUUGACUGUCCAGCAAAAGUCGGCCAGCCCCGAUACUUUUCCCGAGAGACCAGCUUUCGGGUCUAGUGGCAAAUCCGUUUUGCUUUGGGCAAACUACUUCCCGGUGCACUUUAAGAUCCCUGUCCUAUACAGAUACGUGCUCAGGGUUACCGAAGAAGUUUCCUCAGCUGCUAAAGGCAAAGAGAAGACCGAAGUCAAGGAUGUUAAGGGCCGAAAACUUCAUCUUGCCAUUGAGCAUCUUCUGAGACACUUCACCUCGACUGAUAAGAGCCGAGCUCUGGCGUCUCAGUUCAAGGACCAAAUUGUUUCGGUUAAACCACUGGAUUUACACAAAAACCCCAUCAGUAUCAGCAUUCCGUCCGAGAAUGAUGAUCGCGAGCCUGAUGUGGUCGACAUCUUGAUUGAUGGGCCCACGGAGAUUCGCAUAUCUGACAUAAUGACGUACACGCAGACUAUGGACGAUCAUGGCGAUAGGAACACUUAUCCCAAGUUCCCAGAGAUGAUUGACGCCUUGAAUAUGAUUCUCGGUCACAACGCUCGUUCGAAACUAGGUGAAAUCACAGCUAUUGGCGGGUCACGUUUUUUCCCGUUCAAUAAGGACUCAACCACCGCCAGUCUCGCACAGGACUAUCACACUCUGAUUGCUGCGCGUGGGUUCUUUCAAUCAGCUCGACUGGCUACUGGCCGCCUUCUUCUGAACACCAACGUCACUCAUGGUGUUUUUCGAGUUGCCGGCAAAAUGGACCAACUCAUGAAGUCCCUCGCUAUUCAGCAGGUGGCUCGUGAUGAUCACAGAUUGAAGAGGCUUGUUGGUGCCUUUGCCAAGUUUUUGCCCAAGGCCAGAGUGUGGGUGACUUUUACCAUUGCUGAUGGAACCAAAGUCCGCAGGAGCAAAGCUCUUCAAGGCCUUGUGACCAAGAUAACAGCGUCAACUGCUGAGGGGCCCAACCGUCCAACAAUCAACAUGGAUUAUGAGUAUCCGGGGCCUAAGAAUGUCAGGUUCUGGCUUGAAGAAGAAAGCCGUUUCAUUUCUGUUCACGAUUACUAUAAGAGGAAAUAUGGCAUGACACUCCAGGACUUCCCUGUUCUGAAUCUCGGCACUCCUAAACGCCCGUCAUUUUUCCCGGCCGAAGUAAUUGAGAUCCAGCCUGGUCAGAGUGUAAGAGCAAAGCUCACUGGCGAAGAAACGACCGCCAUGCUUGCCUUUGCGUGUCGCACCCCAUAUGAAAACGCGCUGUCCAUAUCUAGCGAUGCCCGAAACGUCCUUGAGUACGACGGCAAUGAGACUCUUCAGAAGUUUGGUGUUACUGUUGACAAGAAUCUUGCUACUGUUAACGGACGAGUCCUUAAUGUUCCGGCCGUGGCUUACAUCGAUGCUACUAAGAAAAAGAUUUCUGUCAACCCUUUUAACGGAUCUUGGAACAUGAGGGCCGUCAAGGUCGUCAAGAAGGGCGACAUGAUUUCUCGAUGGACAUAUAUGAAUUUACUCUCCCGAGACACUGAUAGGCAAGUCGGUCUUGAGACCAUGGAAGACUUUGCCAAGUUCAUGGCUAAUGACCUGGGCAUGAACAUCGCCAAGUCACCUGUUCGGCUACCGAAGCAUUUCAUGACCAAGGAUGGAGCCCUGUAUGGCCCAGGCUUAGUAAACUUUUUCAAAUGGGCUGAGGACAACAAAAUCCAGUACAUUAUGUUUAUCCUGGGCCAGAAAGACAGUGGUGGGCUCUAUACUAAGAUCAAGCGCCUGGGAGACUGUGUACAUGGCAUUCACACAAGUUGCCUCGUUGCCAAACACUUAUUCAAGGAGAAAAACUUUUCCUACUAUAGCAACGUUGGCCUCAAGAUCAAUCUCAAGUCUGGUGGUGUCAAUCACAAGCUUACCAAUGACUUUGGGCUUCUGAAGGAGGGGAAGACAAUGCUAGUUGGUUACGAUGUCACUCACCCGACAAAUAUGAAUGUCGUAAAGGGCAACGAACCCCCUAGUCUCGUUGGUCUCGUCGCUUCUGUCGACCAAGAUCUUGGCCAAUGGCCCGCUAUGGCAUGGGAGCAAAAGUCCAAGCAAGAAAUGCUUGGUAGCACCCUUACUGAUGCAUUCAAGUCCCGCUUGAGCCUGUGGCGAGCCCAUAAUAACAAGACACUUCCUGAAAAUAUCGUUAUUUUCCGCGAUGGUGUUUCAGAAGGCCAAUUCGCACAGGUCAUUGACCAGGAAUUGCCCAUGAUCAGAGACGCUUGCCGCCAGACAUACCAAUCUGGCAAGCAGCCAAAGAUAUCAAUCAUUGUCUCCGUCAAGCGGCAUCAAACGAGGUUCUACCCAACAAACACGGAAGACAUGUCUCGCUCCGGUAACGUCAAGAACGGCACUGUUGUCGAUCGCGGCAUUACACUCGCCCCAUACUGGGACUUUUUCCUGACCGCACACGAGGCCUUGCAGGGAACGGCUCGGCCAGCACACUAUACUGUACUGCUGGACGAGGUAUUCAGGUACAAGUACGGCGAACGAGCGGCCAACGAGCUGGAGCGCCUGACUCACGAGCUCUGCUACUUGUAUGGGCGAGCCACCAAGGCUGUGAGCAUUUGCCCGCCAGCCUACUACGCGGAUAUAGUGUGCGAGCGUGCUCGUGCUCAUCGUCCGGAAUACGACGUCAGCGACGUUGAAAGUGUCUCGACCUCUACGUCGUCAGAGUCAUCGGGUGCGGGGAGUAUCAGGCAGGUCCAUAAGUCGUUGAGGGAUACUAUGUAUUAUAUCUGA